GCAGCAUUUUUGGAAAAGGGGAUGUCUUGUGCAACAUGGUAAAGUUUAAAAACACAUUUUCACUUCCCUCUUUUAGGUAUAAAGGAAUUUGCCUCAAACAGUUUCAUACAAGCGACCAUCACAAUGGACACAGUCAUUCCCCUGCUGGUUCUAGUUAUUUCAUCCCUAACAAAGUUUGUGGUGCCUGAAGAUCCCCCCUCGUUCAAUGCUGUAGUGGAGUUGGUGACAAAGGAGCAGAGGGUUUUCUCUGGGGAAAGCGUCCGGCUCAGAUGCAACUUGACUGACAAGCGUACCACGUCGUGGGGUUACACGUGGUUUAGGGGAUCUGAGGAGCUACCACAACGUGAGCAAGACUUACAUUUGUGGAAAGCCAGAGUUCAGGAGAGUGGGAAAUACUAUUGUCAGGGAUGGAAGGAAACAGGUGUAGGAAAUAUAUACACCCGCCGAAGUCUGCCUGUGGAGAUCAAGGUGGAUGGAGGGUGGGCUUUCCUGCAAUACCAACCUCAUCCUGUCCUCGUUGGAGACACCCUGCAGAUCACGUGUCGCGUCCGCCUUAACCCCCAACUGGAAGAAGUGUUUCUGUACAAAGACGGCGUUGAAGUUAUGAGACAAAAGGAUCCUCGCUUCCACUUAACUAACGCCACCCUUGACGACCAAGGGGAUUAUUCCUGCAGGGCGUCCUGGGACAUAAACAGACAAACGCGCUCUGUGAUUUCAUCUGAUGUUCCAGUGCAGGUCUCAGAGGUUCUGACCGAGCCUGUUCUGGAGGCUGUCAGCGUGUCAAAGGAUAAAGUCAAGCUCAUUUGCCACGUCCAGUACAACGCUCGUGCCCCCGCGCCUCCUGUAAACUACUAUUUCUACAAGAACAACAAUCGCCUGGGAGUAGCAACCUCUGAGAACCAAAAGGUGGUGCUAAGCGCUCCCGGCCUGUACAGCUGCAGGGCCAGGGUGCCACAGCUGGACAUCUCCAGGUGGAGCGAGCCCACAGAGUUUGGACAGUGACAGGUGCUUCAAAGUGAAUGGCAGUGCUGCAUGCGCUCACCGUAGGCUGACGCCCUCAUCUUACUGCUAAAUUGUGUGAAAUGCUGCACAGACAUUGGACAGUGUCACCUUGUCUUUGGUCCAGUAGGACGGAGGAUGAGGCCUCAGCCUGUCUGUGUCAGUGUCUCUGCCUGCCUGCAGGCUCCUCCACUGACUCUCCAGGUCUAUUUGAUACCUCUGCUUCUCCGAUUUGGAUUCCUCAAGCGAGGACGCAGCACAUUUUCCGACGCCUUCUCAGCCACAACCUAGUUUUUCAACCAAACUGCUGCUGAAUCACUCAGACCGUCUGAGGAACCUGCGUUGCUCCAGCCGCUGUCUCAUCUUCAGGCGUUGGCUUGCUUUUCACACGGCUGCAGACUGUAUCUCAGUAAUAACAUUCACAUCAUUCAUUUUCAGCCUAAUCACGCAUAUGUUUCACUUUGUAACAUAAACAAGUAUCACAAUUAUUGCAAUAUUCAUUAAAGCAAAUAAAGCAUUAAAAAUGA